UGUAAUUACUCGUGUACUUUGUAAAUUGGGAUUAAACUCAUUCAUUCAUUUUAUUUCAUUUCUACAUCAGGCUGAGAUUCAGUUCGGAUUCGGACAUCGGAACCCCCCGUGAUGAGCGAGAGUGAUCUCUCAAAAAAUGGCAAUAGUACUUGUUGAACUGUCGUAGGCGGUUAAAGUGGUUCUCGAUCAUAUCCCUCAUAUCUUCCAAGAAUCCGCAUUUCCUUCCUCUUGUUAAGUUUUGUUCUUUAUUUUAUUUGUUUCUUUUUCUCCGUUGAUGAACGAAAAAUAAAUUAGUGAUGCUCCUGUCUGGCUACGCUUAGUCUGGGCUGGUCAAAAAACAAUCAGACGAUUGUGUCAUCUUCAUUAAAUUAGUGGCUGCUGCAGCAAGCAGAUCAAUUUUUAUUCGAUUAAUUUUUGAAAAAAGAAAAAAUAAAAACAUUAAAAACAACAAAACACCUCAAACGAUAAUUUAGUUCUUUAAAUGGCCAACGAAGACCGUAAAGCGCAUUUGAAUGCUGUCAAAUUCCUAGAGCUGGCGUUUGCGAUCGCUUGUCUAGUUUUGCAUUUUUAUAGUUUUAACGAUGGUGACAUAAUAACGUCCUUCCUCGCUACCGGUACGUUUUGUGGAUAUAUUUUAAUAGUCCUUGGAAUAUUCGCGGGAAUCCUUAUGCGUGCUCCAAUUCACAAACGGAUUGAUAUCUUCUUCAGUGUCAUCGGUUGCUGUUUAUUUGUGACAUCGGGAGUCUUGCUUUUCGAAGCCUGGGAAUAUUCAUUUCGAACAAGGACUCGAGAUCUGGCCAUGGUGAAGGCUUCAUUGGCCAUUGUCGAUGGAGCUCUUUUUGGAUUCGAUGCAAUUUUUACAUUGAAGGAUAAAUAACGAUUUUAUAGAAGCGUCCGUUUUUUUAAUCGAUUCAUAAUGGUACAAUUUUUACGAUUUUUUCUUUAAUUUUAAACACACAACUAUUUAAAAAAAAAUAUUCGAAACGAUUUUGUAUUAAUUUUUUUAAGUGCGGAAAUUAAUUGAAAGAAAAUGUUCUUUAUUUUUCCAAAUGAAUAUACAAUAAAAUGUAGA